GGAAAAAGAAGAAUCCGUUUCGGUACCGCUUCAGUCUUUACUUAACCGGUGCUUAAUCAGUUAGUAGUUAGACGGAUAUAAUAUUAUACCGGGUGUAUUGCAAAAUAGUACCUUAUUUAAAAAAACAAUGAACAGUGCGAUUUGUGGAAUUGCCUUUCUGGCUAUUAUUGGAUUGGUGCAAUGUCAGCAGCCUAAAGGCAACCAAGACAAUCCAUGUCAAACCAAAGCUAGGGUGAUAGGGGAUGAGACAUAUUGUGACAGGUAUUGGGAAUGUGUAAAUGGCCAGCCUGAAUUAUACGAUUGUCCAAAUGGUUUAGUAUACGCCGGAAAGAAUAGAGGGGUUACAGAGGGUUGUGACUAUCCAUGGAGGUCGAAUUAUUGUGACGGGAAACAACAAGCAAAUCCACCAAUUGGUACCGAUCAUUGCGGAUGGCUGUAUGGAAUCUUUGGACACGAAACUUCCUGUACCAGAUACUGGACCUGUUGGAACGGAACUGCCACAGAACAACUUUGUAUCGGUGGAUUGUUAUACAACGAGCGCACCCAUUCAUGUGAUUGGCCCGAAAAUGUUGAUGGGUGCCAAAAACAUCCAUUGUGUAAUGACGACCCCAAUGGCAACGUACCUCUUGGAAAAUCCUGCAACAGAUACUGGCAAUGCCAAGGAGGUUACCCAAGACUGCAAAGGUGUCCAGCGAUGUUGGUCUUUGACAGAAGAUCAUUAAGAUGCCAAGUUCCUCCAACUGAAGAUUGUGACAUUCCCAGCACCCUUCCACCGCCAGUCGAAGAAGAUGAAUACGAACAAAACAUCCCUCAAAACAAUCCUAAAAAUAGAGAGAGCAACUUCCAAAAUUUACCACCAGGAGCCAUUCCAAUUCCAGUGAAAGGAAAAGCGGCAAAGAAUUAAACAACUAAUUUUAGGAUUUUAAAUUAUUCAAAUUUCUUUUAGAUUCGAAGAAAAGUAUUAGGUACAAGAUAUAAUAAUAUAAUAAAUUAUUAUUUUUUAUCUAGUACAUUAUAAUUGGAAGAAAUAGUUGUCCAAAACAAGACUUAAUAAUGAUAAUUACAAGUGGAAUUCUAUUACAUUUUUAAUAAAUUAAUUUAAUAACUAAAAACUUUCACUACAGAUGCAAUAAUCCUUUCUCUUGUUGUGCUUUUCACCGUUAGUGGUGUAAUAACAGAUAUAAAAUUCAUCAUAUUCUGUUUUCUUUUGAUUUUUUUAUCCCAAAUUUCAUUCGUGCCAGUAUUAUUUUGUCUGUAUUUUUGAAAGAUCUUUGCCUACUUUUUUUAUUAAGUUUAAGUUAGUUUAAGCUGU